UGGACGGAAAGGUACGGAUUCCGCUGGUCAAGCUGGUACAAAUGGGCCAUACGGAGCAGGAGCGGGUGGCUCUGCUCCUGGUAGGCCUGGCCAGGGCGGACUGGUUGGAAGCGCUGGACAAGGCCGACCGGAUGCAACUGGCCGCAAUGCAUACACUGGACUUGAACCAGCUGGGGCAGCUGGAGUAGUUGGUGGUCAAGGACAAACAGGUGGAGCUGGUAGUAGCGGAACGGCGGCAGGUGGUAAAGGGUGGGGUGGUGCUGGACUAGAGCAAUCUUUCCUUGCUGGAUGGAAAGGUACGGGUUCCGCUGGCCAAGCUGGUACAGGUGCAAGCUAUGGAGAAGGAGCGAGUGGCUCUGCUGCCGGACGAUCUGGCCAGGGCGGACUGGUUGGAGGUGGUGGACAAGGUCAACCAGGUGCAGCAGGUCAUGGUGCAUUAAGCGGCUUCGGUGGAGCAAGCAGUCCAGGUAAAGCUGGUACAACUGGUGGAACUGGUGGAAUAGGACAAGUGAGUGGAGUUGGGCGUAGUGGAACGGCCGGUGGUUUCGGCGGAGACACUUACGUUGGUUCACCUGGCCGCGGUGGAUUGAGCGGUCCUGGAGGAGCAAGCGGUCAAGGGCCAGCUGGCGCAGCUGGAGUAGUUGGUGGUCAAGGACAAACAGGUGGAGGUGGCAGCAGCGGAACGGCGGCAGGUGGUAAAGGUUGGGGCGGCGCUGUACUAGAGCAGUCUUUUCUUGGUGGAUCUCGUUCAUCCUACAUGCAACCUGGACGGAAAGGUACGGGUUCCGCCAGCCAAGCUGGUACAGGCGCAACUUAUGGAGCGGGAGGGAGUGGCUCUGCUGUCGGUCGAUCUGGCCAGGGCGGACUGGUUGGAGGUGGUGGA